GUUUUUUUGUUUGUUUGCAGGUUGGAAUGUGCAAUGUAGGUGUCAGUUCUGUUCAGUUAUUGUGCAACUUCAUCAUUUUCCCCUUUUAUUCAAGUCGUCAACGAAAACAAAGCCAAAUAAUAAAAUAAAAUUGAGGAGGAGAAUGAGCACAAAAUCCACAGCUGUAUCGGGAGGAACUGUUAAAAUAUGAAAUUUGAUACUUUCGGAUGUUAGCAACGAUGAUACCUUCGGCCACACCAACGCCAACGUUAAAUUUUCAUCCAGGAAACCUUGACUUUGACGUUCCGUUGGGUCCCGUCCCGUUCUGUUCCGUUGACGGUUUGAAUAAAUGCUGCCAUGCGAUAUUCAUUGUGUAUACCGCGUGUAUAGCCUACUUUCCCGUCAAGUUUAAAUCGGCCUCAACUUUGAUCAGUAGGCUUUUAAAAUGGGUAUAUCUUUGAGCUACAUCUUGUUUAAUGUUUAUAAUGUGGUAUCUUUGACUAUAAGAUUUUGUACAUGAAGUGACAUCGCGAAUUUGUGUGUCGGGUUUGUGUGAAGUUGUGAAUAUUUUGGGAUGGGGCAAAACCAGUCGAGUGGUGGUGGUUCAGGUGGAGACAAGAAAGAUGACAAAGAUAAGAAGAAGAAAUAUGAACCUCCCAUACCAACCAGGGUAGGGAAAAAGAAGAGAAGGACGAAAGGUCCAGAUGCAGCUAUGAAACUUCCCCAAGUAACGCCGCAUACAAGAUGCCGCUUGAAACUUUUGAAGUUGGAAAGAAUUAAAGACUACUUAUUGAUGGAGGAGGAAUUCAUUCGCAAUCAAGAAAGACUGAAACCACAAGAAGAAAAAAUUGAGGAGGAAAGAUCAAAAGUUGAUGAUUUACGAGGAACUCCUAUGUCAGUCGGAACACUAGAAGAAAUAAUUGACGACAAUCAUGCAAUUGUUUCUACAAGUGUUGGCAGUGAACAUUACGUUAGUAUUCUGUCAUUUGUCGACAAAGACCAGUUGGAACCAGGAUGCUCUGUGCUAUUGAAUCACAAGGUUCAUGCCGUAGUUGGAGUUUUGUCAGAUGACACUGAUCCUAUGGUUACUGUGAUGAAAUUAGAGAAGGCCCCACAGGAAACAUAUGCAGACAUUGGAGGUCUGGACACUCAGAUUCAGGAAAUAAAGGAAUCUGUGGAACUUCCACUUACUCAUCCAGAGUAUUAUGAAGAAAUGGGCAUAAAACCACCAAAAGGUGUCAUUUUGUAUGGUCCUCCUGGCACAGGAAAGACACUCUUAGCAAAGGCUGUGGCAAAUCAGACAUCGGCUACCUUCUUACGUGUUGUAGGUUCUGAACUAAUUCAGAAAUAUUUGGGUGAUGGCCCAAAACUGGUUAGAGAAUUAUUCAGGGUUGCAGAAGAACAUGCACCCUCCAUAGUUUUCAUUGACGAAAUUGAUGCUGUUGGGACUAAACGAUAUGAUUCUAAUUCUGGUGGUGAAAGAGAGAUCCAGAGAACAAUGUUAGAGUUGUUGAAUCAAUUGGAUGGCUUUGAUUCAAGGGGAGAUGUGAAGGUUGUUAUGGCAACAAAUCGCAUAGAAACACUAGACCCUGCUCUAAUUCGGCCUGGAAGGAUAGAUAGAAAAAUAGAAUUUCCAUUGCCAGAUGAAAAAACCAAGAGGAGGAUAUUUAACAUACAUACAUCAAGAAUGACUCUUGCUGAAGAUGUUAAUCUCACAGAACUUAUAAUGGCUAAGGAUGACCUCUCUGGCGCUGAUAUUAAGGCCAUCUGUACUGAAGCAGGUCUUAUGGCAUUACGGGAAAGAAGAAUGAAGGUUACAAAUGAAGAUUUCAGAAAAUCGAAAGAAAAUGUUUUGUAUAGGAAGAAGGAAGGUACACCUGAAGGUUUAUACCUGUAAUAAGAACAUCAUUUGAUAUGUGGAGUCCAGAGUUCUCACUAUGAUUGUUAAUAAAAGAUACACACUAUCCAUUUUGGUAACCUGUUCAUUAUUUCCGAUCGUCAUUAAUAUUCUUAGAUCAGUGUUUUUCCAUUAAAGUAAACUGAACUAAUUCAGUAAUAUAAAACAGUCCAACUUGUCUGGAGUCUCAUACUUUCACUUUACAUCUGUUUUUAGAAAAUUACAAAAAAUGAGUGGAUACUUUCACUGAUACAAUAAAGAAAUUAUUUGUUUUAUACAUUA